GUAGGGAUCAUGUCCCCUGCCAUUGCACUGGCAUUCCUGCCACUGGUGGUAACAUUGCUGGUGCGAUAUCGGCACCACUUCCGACUGCUGCUGCGCACAGUCUUACUGAGGAGUUUCCAAGACUGCCUGUCAGGGAUGCGGAUUGAAGAGAGAGCCUUCAGCUAUGUGCUCACCCAUGCCCUACCUGGAGACCCUGGACACAUCCUCACCACCCUGGACCACUGGAGUAGCCACUGCGAGUACCUGAGCCAUAUGGGGCCUGUCAAAGGUCAGAUCCUGGUGCGGCUGGUGGAGGAGAAGGCCCCUGCUUGUGUGCUGGAGCUAGGCACCUACUGUGGAUACUCCACCUUGCUUAUUGCCUGUGCCCUGCCCCCUGGGGGUCGCCUUGUCACGGUGGAGCGGGACCCACGAACAGCAGCAGUAGCUGAAAAACUCAUUCGCUUGGCUGGCUUCGAUGAGCACACGGUGGAGCUCAUUGUUGGCAGCUCAGAGGAGGUGAUCCCACGCCUACGAGCCCAGCACCAGCUGAGUCAGGCAGACCUUGUACUCCUGGCACAUCGGCCCCGGUAUUACUUGCGGGACCUACAGCUGCUAGAGGCCCAUGCUCUGCUGCCAGCUGCUGCAACUGUCUUGGCUGACCAUGUGCUCUUCCCUGGUGCGCCUCGCUUCCUACAGUAUGCCAAGAGCUGUGGCCACUACCGMUGUCGGCUCCACCACACUGGCCUCCCAGACUUCCCAGCUAUCAAGGAUGGCAUAGCCCAGCUUACCUAUGCUGGACCUGGCUGA